AUGGCGGUGGCGCCCGCCGUCGGUAGCGUGUGCCGCACGGCGCCGGAGCUCCAGGACAACCUCUCUGAGGUCUACGACUGCACCUUCCACGCCACACGCCCACGACACGGCGCCGUGGAUCUCGCAGGGCUGAUAGUCCGCGGUGUGCGCGCGCAGGAAGAGCACAACGGCGGCGGCAACGUCGUAGAACUGACCUGCAUAGGUCUGACCGUUCUCGGGAGGGUGGUUACCAUGACGACGGCCCCCACGCCGGAAGUAGCCGCUUUCUACCAACUCGCAGUCAAAGUCUUGUUCGAGGACAUGGACGCCAUGUCUCUGCUGGUAGCUAACUUUGCCUGCAAAGAUCAACUCAUCCGUCAUAUGGCGGGAAAGAGCGCCUCCUCGUCGGUUCUCUACCAACUGCGCAUGUCUGGUUCGGUCAGUCCAGCGUGGCAGCAGACGUGCGAGCAGGCAUUCCUUAGCUCGCCCGCCGGCCCCAAUCUGGACACCUGCUUGUGGUCGCUUAACUGCGUCCUCAAAAGACUUCUAAAAGACAAUUGUGCAGAGCUCGUCAGGGUGGUUCUGAUGGCGUUUGACGCCAGCGUCAGCACGUUGGCGUCCAGGUUGCUUCCUGUGGGCGCCGCCUCGGACGUGGACACGCUCUGCCAGCUGUUGGAACUUCUGGAGCUGCUGACGGCGUCCAGCGAGUGCCGCGCGUACACGGGCUGUCAGACGUUGGUUCACGCGCACGUGGCCGCGCUGAUGGCCGCCGUGAGUUGCUCGCCGCGUUAUUUCCUCAGCAAGCGCGCGGCGCUGCUGCUGAAGCGUGCUGCGCUGCACAAAGCCGGCGAGGACUGGCUGGCGGGGGGCGGACCCUCUGACGUCGCCUUGCUCGCUCGCGCCGUGCUGAACGGCGUAGCCGGUGGCUGGUUGCCGAGCGUCCGGGUGGAGUCGGCGUCUUUCUUCGGGGGGACGAGCGGCAAGCGCCGGGAAGGCGGUGACGGCGUGAUGCUGAGAGCCGUCGGCCUGCUCGUCAUCAAGUGCGUCGAGCAUCAUGUGCGGUCCGCCACCGCAGGCGCCGAGGCUUGUGGGUAUCUGCAGGCUCUGUGGUCCUUCCUGAGGCAGACGGAGGCGGGCCACACCUGCCACUUGCUGACGCGGGUCUUUAGUGAGCAGGAUGACGACAUGAUGGAGGCCGCCAAAGCUCUUCUCGCCAUCUUCCUCCAGCUCAGAGAGGAUCCCAGGUUGGACUUUGGCGCCGGUGACCCCGCCUGCACCUACGGCUGCAACCCCCACUGUCACUUCCUGUCCGUCCUCCAGAGCGUGGCUUUUGAUCACCGCGUGCUCCUGGACUUCCUCAUCUCCAUGGAAACCUGCUUCCUGGAGUACCUGGUGCGCUACCUCAAGUACCUGAGGACAGACUGGCAGGGCUUCACUGCCGCAUGCCAGCGAGUGGGCGUGUCCCCCGUGACCGCAACCGAGUCCGACUCAGGUCAAGUAAGCACCAGUUCUGGGCGGAGCCUGGUGGACUAUGACACUUCUGACGAGUCCGAGCCAGAUAACGUGGAGGGGACCGCUGCGGGUUUGGACUGUGGAACCACGGCGGCCGGUGAAACGUUGGCGCGUGCCGUGGGCUGCCUGACCAAGCUCCGCCUCUUAGUGGACAAGCUGCAGACGAAGAAAAUGUUUCCUUACAACGCGGAGUCGCUCCUCAAACUUUUAGCGCACGUGGACGAGUGUGAAGGACAGAACAGAACGUAAAGGAACAUCCAGGAUUCAUCAAGCUCUCAACCAAUACUGUAGGACAGGUGGGUCCAAAGUCCGGCUGGGGAACCAUUUGAUUUUUUUUAUUGUCCAGGGUCACUCCAAAAACACAAAAUUCUACUCAGACAUCCGAACAAAUCAGACACACUAUACUGAUUUUUGCCUGUGCAUGAACCACCUCAUGGUCAGGCGAUCCGGGUGUGAUUAGAUAUGUAUAUAAAGGGCUGUCAAAAAUAACGAGUUAACUCAUGGGAAAAAUCACAAAAAAUGAUCGCAUUAAUCAUGUAUAGUUGCAGAUUAAAUGCGCAAUUUAUUUGUAUUUUUUUAAAAUUAUUUUUUACAUUAAUUUACCACAAAUGGUUACCCGAAAGACGGCGUGGGUUGUUAUGAGAUCAAAAAAAAAAGAUUAAAAAACAAAACAGACAGGACUUGGGAUAAAACUGUUACCAGUUUUUGAGCAAAUAAAUUAUGUACAUUCAAGUAAAACUUUAAAAAAAAAUAUGCUUAUGACAUUCUGACGAUAAAAUUGUAUUUAUGUCAAAAUAUCGGGAUU